AGACCUUCUCAAAACUUCAUCAGUUUCCUUCACAAAGCACUGAAAAACAGUGGAAUCAAUGGCUUUAUUGAUAGUGAAAAUUUGUGGGUUGGAGAAUCCAUACGCCCAGCACUCUUUAAAGCGAUCAGGGGGUCCAAAAUCUCAAUCCCUGUCUUCUCCAAAGGUUACGCUUCUAGCAAAUGGUGCCUGCAGGAACUUUCUCAUAUACUUGAUUGCCACAAAUCCAAAGGUCAAAUAGUCCUGCCCCUAUUCUUCGAUGUCAAGCCGUCGCAUGUUCGGAAUCAAACUGGAAAUUUUGAGGAACCGUUUCGGGAACAUGAGAAAAAUUUUGAAUCCAAUAUUGUAGAGAGUUGGAGGGAAGCUUUGAGAGUGGUAGGAAAUCUAAAGGGAUGGGUUCUUGAAGAAGAUGUAAAUCGGGAUCAAGCAGAGUUAGUUGAAUUAGUUGUCAAAAAGAUUUUGGGUGAAUUGAUUAGUAGCACCCACUUGGAUGAAUGUAAAUAUCCAAUUGGAAUAGAUUCCCACAUAAAUGAUCUAUUACCUUUAUUAAAUAUUGGUUCCAACGAUGUUCAGUUCGUGGGAAUCUGUGGUUUCGGUGGCAUUGGGAAGACAACUAUUGCAAAAGCAGUCUAUAAUCGCAUCCUUUCAGCCUUUAAUGGGCAUAGUUUUCUUUCAAAUGUUAGAGAACAAGCAGUGCAAUUGGUGGAUGGUGGUCUAGCAUCUUUGCAGAGAAGACUUCUGAAAGAUAUCUUCAAAAGAGACAUUGAUGUAGGUGAUCAUCAUAGAGGGAAAAAAAUGAUAGAGCAAAGUCUUUGUAAAAAAAAAGUUCUUGUUAUUCUUGAUGAUGUGGACAGUCAAGAACAGGUAGAUGCUUUGGCUGGUGCACUCAAUUGGUUUGGCCAAGGAAGUCGGGUUAUAAUAACAACCAGAGACGAGCAUAUUCUGAACGUGGCUAAAGUUGAUAAAGAUAGAAUAUACAGGCCUCAAGAGCUAGAUUAUAAACAAUCUCUUCAACUAUUUAGUUUGCAUACCUUUUCAAGGGACCAACUUCAUGAAGAUUAUUUGCAACUUUCACAUGAUGUGGCAUGCUACUCGGGAGGGUUGCCUUUAACUCUGGAGGUGUUGGGGUCUUACCUAUCAGACAUAAGCAACAAAGAAGAGUGGGAAAGUAUAGUACAAAAAUUGAAAGAAAUUCCUCCUGAAAAAGUCCAAAGAAGGUUGAAGACAAGCUAUGAUAAUCUAGAAGAUGAUUAUCAAAAAGCUAUAUUUCUUGAUGCUACAUGCUUUUUCAUUGGAUGGCCGAAAGAAACUGUAUUUUCCAUAUGGGAAGCUUGUGGCUAUCAUCCAAAAUCAGUAGUACAGAGUAUAAUUAAGAGAUCCCUUCUAAAAUUUGAAGAUUAUGGCGUUUGCCCCCUGAAGAUGCAUGAUCAGAUUCGGGACAUGGGAAGGAGUAUUAUCAAAGAAGAAAGCCCUAUGGAGCCGGGUAAGCGUAGUAGGUUAUGGUCUUAUGGCAAUAUCUUGGAUGUGUUAGAAGAACACAAGGGAACUGACAUGAUAAAAGGCAUGAUCCUCCCUUACGAUUUACCCAGUGUUGAUUUAGCUAAUGAACACUUUGAGAUGAUGACCAAUCUAAGAUUUCUUGAAAUUAAGUCUGAAAAGUUCAUGGUAGACUUUUCGGAACUUCCUUCUGCACUAAGAUGGUUCAGGUGGGAGAACUGUCAUUGGGAUAUUCUACCAACCAAUUUUUAUCAUAAGAGACUAGUCCAUCUCGACCUAUCAUGGAACAUCAUGAUUGAACAAGCUUGGCAUAUUGGGCCUCAAGAUAAAAAUGAGCGGUUCCAAAAGUUAAAAGAUCUCAAUCUUAGUGAUUGUAGAAAUCUUUCCAAGUCCCCAGACUUUUCAUGGUUUCCUUUCUUGGAGCGAUUAGAUUUUGGAUAUUGCAAGUCCUUGGUUAAGUUAGACAAGUCCAUCGGGAAGUUGAGUCAGCUCAAAAGUCUUAUUGUCAAAUUCUGUUAUUCACUCAAGAUGUUGCCCGAUGAUGUUGGACUAUUAGAGAAGCUUGAGGUGUUAGAUGCUAAGAAUUGCAGGGAACUUGAGAAGCUACCAAGAUCAAUGGGGAGAAUGAGGUGUUUGCGUAGCAUUAACCUCACAGGAACCAGAAUUAACAGUAUUUCAAAAUUACCUGGUGAUUUUUCAAUGCUCAGGAAUGUAGUGCAAUUGGAGAUAUCUUAUUGGGAUUGGGAGCGCCCUCCGCUAAGACGCAGUCCUAGAAGCUGGAAUCUUUUAUUGGAGAAUGGGGAACCUGACCAGCAAAAGCCUAGUCAACAUUUGAGUGACAUGGUAGUAGCAAAUUCUUCAAUUGGUAAUAUGUGGAUAACGGAGCAGAACACGAAAAAAAGAAGAUGCAUCAAUUUUGAAGAACAACACAGAAAAAGAUCAGAGACAGUGAGAGGGGAAAUGUGCAGCACAGAGCUGCUGCGGAGAGAUGGUUUUGCUUUUGAAGAGGAAACUAGAAAGAGAAAAAUUCAUCAUCUGAGUCCUGUAUUGCAUCUGCUGCUGCUCUAUAUUCUUAUCUUGUCAGUCUGUUAUUGCUUCUUCUGAUUUGUUUCUGAAUCAUGUAUCUUUUGAUACGGCGGAAAUGUACAAUCACCACACAUGCUCUUCACCCCCUCCUCCUCCGCCAGCUCCUGCUGCUCCUCCCCAUCCUUGUCCCCGCUUAUUGAAUCAGAAAAUCUCAGAGUAUGGGAUUAAAGAAGCUACACAUGAGAAAGUGAAGCAACAAGAAGAAAAAGUUGGGAAGAGUAUGUGUAAUUGUAUAUAUAUGAUGAUUAAUUUGUUUUGUAUGAUAUUUCUUGGUGAGGGAUCAUUGCAAUGAAGAUGUUUUUCAA